AAGGAAAGUCAGAAAAUCUUCUAGGCGACUCUCUCUGUGGGUGCAACCCUCCCUCUCUAUACACUACGUUCGUAGAAUCUCAGCAUCGUUCAGUGAGAUUUAAGAGAUCAGGAUUGCGAUGUUAGGUGUUAUAAGACGCAGAGUCGCAUGUGGAGGCUCCUCGUCUUCGAUUCUAGGAAAGUCAUUGCAUACAAUUCGGCCUGCUGUUUCCACACCUAGAAUUUGCUCUGCUGCUGGGGAAGAUAUUUUAGUACAUCCAAGAGGAAUAGGUCAUGUUCAGAAUUUCUGUCACCUAAUUUUACCUGGUCGGUUGAUGAGUUUGAGGUCUACAAGGGAAGUUGUGGCCAGUUGUCAACAAGAUGUCUCCAUGCAAAUCCGAAGCAGGCCAUUCUGUUCAAACAAUGGUGACCUAGUUGAAGCCGUUGUCCCCUUUAUGGGUGAAUCUAUAACUGAUGGCACUUUGGCGCAAUUCUUGAAGAAUCCCGGUGAUAGAGUGGAAGUUGAUGAGCCAAUUGCUCAAGUUGAAACAGAUAAGGUGACCAUUGAUGUUUCCAGUCCUGAAGCGGGUGUCAUCCAAAAGUUUAUAGCCAAGGAAGGAGAAACUGUGGAACCGGGUACUAAGAUUGCUGUCAUUUCAAAAUCUGGUGAAGGUGUGACUGUGACCCAUGCUGCUCCAUCUGAGAAGCGAUCUGAAAAAGCUGCUUCUCAGCCAACUCCCCUUGCUGAAGAGAAAAAGGAUGAGAAGCAAAAGCCUAAAGUUGAAACUACUCCUGUCAUAGAGAAGCCUAAGGAAACUUCUCCUUCUCCUCCUAAACGCUCUGCUACUGAACCUCAGCUCCCCCCUAAAGAAAGAGAAAGACGCGUUCCUAUGACAAGGCUCAGAAAACGAGUUGCCACGCGUCUUAAAGAUUCUCAAAACACAUUUGCUUUGUUGACGACAUUCAAUGAAGUGGAUAUGACUAAUUUGAUGAAACUUCGUUCUGAGUACAAGGACGCCUUUGUGGAAAAGCAUGGAGUCAAGCUGGGACUUAUGUCAGGAUUUGUGAAAGCUGCUGUUAGUGGGCUCCAGAAUCAGCCCAUUAUCAAUGCGGUAAUAGAUGGGGAUGAUAUCAUUUAUAGAGACUAUAUUGAUAUCAGCAUCGCUGUUGGCACUUCAAAGGGCCUUGUUGUUCCAGUUAUCCGUAAUGCUGAUAAGAUGAAUUUUGCUGAGAUAGAGAAGGAAAUCAACACCCUUGCUAAGAAGGCAAAUGAUGGAUCCAUAUCUAUUGACGAGAUGGCUGGAGGUUCAUUCACUAUAUCUAAUGGUGGUGUUUAUGGAAGCCUUUUGAGUACCCCCAUCAUCAACCCCCCUCAGUCUGCAAUCCUGGGUAUGCACUCAAUAGUCUCCCGUCCGAUGGUUGUUGGGGGCAACAUAGUUCCAAGACCAAUGAUGUACAUUGCCCUCACAUAUGACCAUAGGCUGAUUGAUGGCAGAGAGGCAGUGUUCUUCUUGAGAAGAAUCAAGGACGUGGUGGAAGACCCACGGAGGCUGCUCCUUGAUAUAUGAAAACAGCAGCUGCUGCUGUUUGAUUUCAAGUUUCCAUGGUAUACUUGGGAGAUACAGAAACUCAGAAUUCAUUAAAACCAGAAUAAAUGGCUUGAUGUCAAAGUUUUGCGGUGUUUCGUUGUUGUUUCUCACAUUUAUCAAAAGUCUGAAACAUGAGAGUGCUUAUUCGAAUCCAUUUUCCUAAAUCUGCUCUAUGUAUUGAUGCAUCACUUGUGCUUGAUUCCGAGUUUAAGGAAUACCUAAAUUCGUUUCAGAACAUAUACGAACAAGGGCGGAGACAAGAGGGGACCCAGGAAGGCAAGGGCCCACUGAAUUUUUUUUUUGAAAUACGAUAC